AUGUCGGAUUCGGAACGAGAUAGAAAUCGACAACCUCCGGGCGGAAAGCGUAGGGGGAAGUCGUUUUUUGCCCCAGAAUUAGGGGGAUCGGGAGCCCGUCACGUUACGACGCGUAAAGUUUCUGCCUCAGCUCGACGGAAGAAACAAGCGCAUACUUCUCCCGAUGACGUCCGCAUUUCUGUUGAGGAUCUUAGAGAGUCUGAUGAUUUUGAGAGCUCAGAGGACGAGCCAAGUGAAAAAAUUUACAUUUCUAAACGGAAAAAGGGUGCAGGUGGUCGGUUCGUUGGCGACUCGUCAUCAGGGUCGAACAGACGACCUGAAGAGGUUGACGUGUGGACCGUUACUGGUCCAGUACCUGGUGGACCCGAGGAUGACACUGUUAUUCCUAGUUUUCUCGGGCAUGUCGCUUCUCGGCUAUGGGAUGGGGCGGACAGAGGCGUGCUGAAGUGUCAGACUAGACAUGGAGCUCUGAAGAAGCUGAGACAGUGGUAUGAGACGGCCUCAGAGGAGGUUAAGGUGCUGAUAGACGGGACUGAGAUAUCACAUCUCCCGUUUAUCAUGUUUGAUCAUCUGGAUAUCCCGCUCCUUUCUGCAUUUGUGGAGCGAUGGCAGCCAGAUACAAACUCUUUUCACAUGCCAUUCGGGGAGAUGACCAUCACAUUACAUGACGUGUGGCAUAUUCUUCGGAUUCCAGUUGCUGGGGCUAUGGUUUCAGGUCAGCCGAAUAAGGCUCAGCUGAUGGCUUACUGCGUACAGAUUUUAGGUAUUUUACCAGAGGAUCUGGUGAGUAAGACGAGCAAGCAUUUUGCCCAGGGAGGUGUGCUGAUUGAGUCGAUCAUCAGCUUAUGUAGGCAUGGCCGUACUGCAGAGGUGGAGGCAAUAGCCUGGAUCUGGUUGACGUUAGGUUGCACUCUAUUCACUGACAAGAGUGGCCAUCGGAUUAGACCUGCAACCAUAUGGGAGGUGCGGGAGGGAGUCACAGAUACGAGUACAGUUUCCUGGGGCUCAGCUACACUAGCUUAUCUCUAUCGGCAGCUUGGAAUCUCAUCGAGAGGAGACUGCUCGGAUUGUUCAGCCACCCGACUUCGGUCCUUGCGAGCUCGUUUGGACACGCUGACUGCUGAGGAGAUCACAUGGCUCCCUUUUGGCGGCGAGCCUGCUGCCAGCGUAGAGCACACUGCAUAUUAUGGCUGGAUAGCGUACCGGGACAUUGUCGAGCCGUACAUGCCGUCUAGGGUGCUGCGACAGCUGGGUUAUGUGCAGACUGUACCUGUGCCAAUUUGUCGGCCAAUAGGGGUUGUUAGGUCCUGGAAGUCACUCAAGUACUCUGUGGACAUGAGUGUGACGAUUGCGGUUGACAUGUGGAACGCUUUUCCGGUCAUGUACAAGCUGCCGUUAAUGGGAUUUGAGGAAGCCCACGUUAUUGCUGGAGGAUGCCAUCCAGUGUACCUGGACUGGUUCGAGCGCCAUUCGCACCCCCGUAUCCUUCCUGGCAGAGAUCUUCCACGACGACAUCCUCCCCGCAGCAACAACGAUUAUGUAAGUUUUCAUUUUAUAAUUUAG